AAGGAAGUAUUUUGUUUUUGCGGGAAUAAUUGAUACGAAAUGUUUUUGUUUAUAUACAUCACUGACACUUGUAACAUGUAUGUAAAUAUACUAUGGUACAAAAAAUAACAACAAAUUGUGCAAGAUAACCAAGGAAGUAGAUUGAGAUGACAGUAUGGAAGGAAAAAAGGUAAAACUGGAAUUAAGUGAGAAAUAUCUAGCAUUAAAGAAAAAGAUAGAGCAGAAAGAAAAGAAAUUGCAGAAAUUCAAUAGGGUUCUGGAAGCAAAAGAUCAUGUAAAGAAAAAACUAAAAGAAUGCAACCAACAAGAAGAAAACAGAGAGUCAGUACAAAGUAAAGACCCAAGCCUUGACACUGGUAGACAGCAUAAAAUUACAACAAAUGUUUCGUCAAAGAAAUCUCUAAUUAAGCAGUCACUGCUCAUACAAAAUCAAAUAUUAGAGACAAAUUCACUAGUUGAAACUAGGGAAACCGCAAUUUCAAAAUUAUUGGAUAAUUCUGUCACUUCCCGCAUAAAGAACACUUCCCCUGUAUCUACUAUAAAAAAAGAUAAAAUUCAUCCAUGUUAUCCUGAUGACAAAUGUGAUUCUGAUUUUACUGGCUUCAAAUCUUACGUUCUGCAAAUUAGGAAAGACUCCAGGAAUGAUCAUGGUGAUGAUAUUACUACAUGUCAUGAACGGGAAGAUAAAUGGAAAGGGUCCAACGAUAUUUACAACACUGAAAACAAGGAAAUGAAGUUAAGAGAUAUUGAUACAAACAUGAGUUAUAUUGGUCAAUCUGAGGAAUCACCGAUUGUAAUAGGAGAUACCCAACCAGCUUCAACGUCAACAGAUAAUUCACUGAAUUCUGCACUCGGAAGUAAGAAGAGAUUAUCACUGAAAAGGAAGAAAAAAUCAGAUUCUAAAUCUAAAUUUAAUUUGAAUAAAAAACAGAAAAAUGAUGAAGGGGGCUUAGAUUUUUGCCUAAUUGAUCAUAAGGAUGAAAUAACAAAACCUGCACAGACAGAAAAUACUUCAAAAAAUACAUGCACAACAGAUUCUAAUAGUAUUCCAUUACUAAGUAAUAUUUCAUAUCAUCAUUCUGAUAUAAAACAAUGCAAUGUUAAUCAUGUUAAUGGACUGUCCAGUGUCAUUAACAGCAAAAUUAAGAAUUUAAAUAAAAACCAAGAGAAAGAGAAUGUGGUAAAUUGCAUAGAAACAGCAGAUUCAUCAGAAAAACGUGAAAAUGCAAGUCAGUCUUUGUUGGGUAUUCAAGUGAAAAAUGAUUCAGAAGUCAAAUUAAAAGAGGGACAUAAUGUGUCGUCUCAGGAACUCUUUGAAUUUACACAAACACCAAUAUCCAUGAAACAAAAGAGAUUGGGGAGGUCUACAAAACUAAAUAAAGAACAAGUUGAAUCAGUUUUUGAGUUGAAAGUAAUUAAAACUAAAGAAAAUGAGAAUCCAAAAGAUAAUGUGGAUGAGAUCUCUCAGGAAACUGUCAUUGAAUGUACUCCAGAUAUAGGAUUAUCUGUUGAUUUGGACAAAGGUUUUGUUUUGGACACAGCUGACAAAGCUGUCAAUAACAAAUUUUCAUAUAAUAUAAAGGCAGCCAUAUUGAUUGAUAAUGAAGAGUCAUCUGUGAAAAAUAUAAUUCUGAGCAGUAGUAAUACACAGUCAUCAUCACAAGAUUCCUUGAUAGGUCAUACGCAGGAAAACUCACAACCUAGAAGAAGAGGUAGACCCUCUAAAACAAAAAGAAGUAAGCAGAAUAAAACCGCAUUUUCCACCAGGUUUAACUAUUCUGAAAAGAAUCAAAACAGUGAGGCAAAAUUGCAAACAGUUGAAAAUGAGAAAGUCAAAGGGCUGAUGGAAAAUAUCGAAAUUAAUAAUGAGUUCAAUGUGCAGUCAAGUCAUGACACUGUUAUUGAAUGCACACCUGAUAUUCCUAUGAACAGAGAACUGCAUCAUGGGAAUUUUACAGAUAGUCAUCAAGUAAUGGAUGAUAAAGUGCAAAAUUUAAUAGACUUGAAUGCAAAUUCUGAAUCUAAUUACCAAGAUUUAGAAAUGAAAGAAAUUAUGUUUAAUAAAUUAAAGCUUAUGAAUUCUGAACUAAAAAAUGACAAUAGACUUCUCAUCAAUUCACAAGAAUCUAUUUCAUCAACUUUAUCAGAUACAUUAACUGUUACAUGUAAUCGGAGAAAGAAAAGAGGUCGUCCUGUAAAAAAGAAAUCCAUCAGGAAAACAGCUGAGAGAGAAAAUAAUAAUGCUGAUUCAUCUUCCAAAGAUUUGAGAGAAGUAGAUAAAAAACUCAAUGUCAUGAAAAAUAAAUUCUCUCAGGACAUUGUUGAAAUACCUGGGAGCCAGGAACUUUUUGACCAAGUUGAAAAUUCUGAGGAUCAUUGCCUUUCUGAAAAUAGGUCAGCAAGAGGAGAUAGAUGUGAUAAAAACUUUGAAAGUCAAAUUACUGGUCUGGACAAUACAUGCACUGAAACUUCAAAAAGCAGUGCUUUAGUUUAUGAAAGUCAGGAAUUGUCUACCUUGAAAUUAUUGCAAGAAAGUUUUGUUGAAAAGAAGGAAUAUUCUACUAGGAGGAGAUCAUCCAUGGGAAGUCCUUUUAUGAUUUCUUCUCUCUUUCAGUAUAUCAUUGAUGAGUCAAAAAGAAAUAUCAAGGAAUUCAAGGAGUUUGAUUUGCCAGUUCAAAAGUUUGGAAAACUAUUGAGGAGUAGGCAAGAAAAAAUUGGCGAUCAUGGUGUUGAAGAAGCUAAAGCUUUAUCAAACAUCUAUGAUAAAACAGUAAAUAAUAGUGAAGUUGAAGAUGUAAAUAAAUACAUGUACCACAAACAAAAAGAUGCACAUUCCAUUAAAGACAUUAAUACUGCUAUCAACAUGAGCAAAGAGGAAUCUCAAUCCUGCCAAUUGAUUAACAUGGCCAAAGACGAGGAAAAACAUUCAGAUUCCUUAAAAAUUAUUGAUAAAAAUAUGAUACCAGCAAGGAUGGAAUUGAAUUUGAAUGAAUUUUCAUGUGAAUCUCAAGAUAUUAAUUCACAAACUCCAUUCCAACAUUUUGAACUGCCAAAAAUCUGUGAAGGUACAAAUGAUGAUUCACAGGACGAAUUAUUUAUUCCAAAAUUUUCAUCAUCACAGUCUUUAUUUACACCAAAUCCUAAAGAAGACAGAAUAAAACCAUUGGAAUGCAACCAGAAAGUAAGAUAUGACAAUAGUGAUUCUAUGGAUUCACAGGUAGACAGUACAUGUAUGAUAGAAACAGAUCAGCAAACUUCCUUAGAGCUACCAGAAGAUGAAUCAUUGAUAUCUUUAUGUACCUGUAGUAUGAAGUUUAGAAAAAAGGAAGUACCUGUGAUUGGUUGUUUAUCUAGGAAAUCUUUAUCACUAUGGAGAUACAAAAAGGGGUUUUCUCCUCUACACACAUGGGCAUUUGCAGAGAAUCAGACAGCAGAGAAAGUAUGUUCCUUUUCUAUAGAUGGGAGAGCAUUGUUUAUCAUCACUGUCAGGAGGGGAGAUAACUCUGCAGAUGUGUACAUAUCUCACUACAGUAACAAGAGAGAUAAUUGUUUAUUUACAGUCACAAAUGUAGAAGCAGACAUUGUUGAAGCCUGCCAUGUAAGUAAUAGAGUAAUAGCGGUUGGUUACAGUAAAGAUAAGAUGAUCCAUGUGACUAAGUAUGUUCUACACAACAACCUGAAGAGUCUGGCAAACAGUGAAAACCUCGAGAGGACAGAGGGAUGUCUGAAAUCAUUGUAUUCAAUAGAGAAUCUACCUGCUGCUGUCUCUGUUUGGUCCAAUAAUGGAGAGUUUUGUCUGUGGAAUCAUGAAAACAAGAGACUGUUGUUAAAGACUAAGUUAGACUGUUUAAACAAUAAUCCAAAAUUAGCAGGUGUGGCCUGGGAAGAGGGUUUUUUCUUCUUUCAGUGUUUUGACUUGAAUGGCCAGGGUGGAAAACAAGUAAUAUUAAACCCACUGACAAUGAAAUCUUGUGUUGGAAGCCAUUUUGAAUCUGGAAACUGGUCAGGGUAUAGAAGUCACCACACAUCAAUCAAUGUUAUUGUCACACUGGACAGAAACCAGAACUUGUGUGUUUGGGACAGAUAUUCUACAGACCUCUUACAUGAAUCAAAACAAAGACAUGCUAUAUGUGUGGCACAUGUUGAUGGACAUGUGGCUACUGGCAGUGAUCAUUGUGUUCAUAUACAUUGAUAUGAUAUAUUUGAAGAUUGUUGUUGAAAAAAUAGAUAUUUACUUUAACUACACCUCUCUUUUAAUGUAACAAUAUCAAAACUUGGGAAUUAAUAAAUUAUUUUUGCAAAAGCACAUUCCUCUAAUAGAGUUUUAAAAGAUUAAGACACUGUGUCUUCUUCUUUUCAUCAAGGUAUUGAUUUGAAGAAAAGCAUCAAAUUGUAUUGUACACAUGUUCACUCAAUGUAAAUUGCUUUUUGUCUUUAUACAUAAUGGCAUUUUAAAUCAUCUCUAAGGAAAAUAGCUAGUAAAUUUUGUCAAAACAUGACCAUCUAGUAGAACCAUUUAAACUGUAUCACCUUUUUUUAAGUUGGGCACUUUAGACUUGCUCCAGCCAUGGCUUUGAACUCUUCUUAUCGUAAGAUUAGCAUAAUCUGACAAUCUAGUGAUAAAAUAUAACCCUUCUGUUAUGAUUUUAAAUAUUUUAUAAACUUUGCCCAUUUGUAGCUCGCCAUGCCCAAAGGGCCAAGUGAUCUUUUCUCAUCUGUUGUUAUCGUUAACUUUUACAAAAUCUUCUCUGAAACUACUUGACCAAAUUUGGCCACAAUCAUCAUUAGGAUAUGUGUUCGAAGACCCCGAUUGUCAAACAACAUGGCAGACAUGACUCAAAUUAGAACAUAGGGGUAAAUGAAAGUUUUAUUUUGAAAACCGCUAUAAAUAAAGUACUGAUACAUGUGUGUAUCAAAUUCUACCUUUAAUAUUUAUUUGUUUUCUCACCUGUGAAGAAUGUUGCAGAAUGAGAGACAUAGGGAUGACAAUCCUUUGAUGACGAGGGCAUAAUCUAUUUGUAUAAACUUUGAUAUUUCUUAGGGUAAGAGACCUGGAUGCUUCAUAUCUUGAAAAAUGCCUUUUACAUGUUAUAUUGCAAAGCUUCCAUUGCAUAUUUCAAUUGUCCUUGACCUCAUUUUCAAGGUUCAGCAACUGAUUUCAAAGCUUUUUUUUGUCACAUGAAUUUCUCACUUAUGAGUAAUUGGAUAACUAUAUUAGGUGUAUGGGAUCCUUGCAAGGUCUUCAUGUUUGUCAGAAAGGGUUCACCAUACUUGGACCUCAUUUCAUAGAUCAGUAAUCAAGGUUAAGUUUUUGUGGUAAAGUAUGUAUCUGAGAUACUACAAUCAAUUGGUCAACUAUAUUUGAUGUACAGAGUGAUUGUUAGGUGCUGACCUUGACCUCAUUCUCAUUGUUCAUUAGUCAAUACUAAGUUUUGAUUGUUUGGUCUGUUUCUCAUAUAGGUGGACAUGUCUGUCUGACAUGUUUCAUCUGACCAUGACUUCAUUUACAUGGAUUAUUGAUAAUGUUAAGUUUAUUUGACACCUUUAGUAAAAGCCUUUAUCUUAAAGACUUUCAACAUAAAAGUUAAUCAUGAUCAAUUAAGCAGGCAUGCCAUUUCAGCUCGUGCACUCUUGUCCACAUAUUUAUCACUAUUGUGAAAUAAUUAAAUGUUUUGUUACUGUUAUAUUUUAUGAAUAAUAAAAAAAAAGUAUUUAAUUUG